AUGUACCCUCAUUUUUCAUCUAACCAUCCCCAUCACAUUUUUGCUGGUAUCAUUAAAACUGAAACUAUACGAUACAGUAGACUUUCAGCCACAAUAGACGACUACAACUUCAUUCACCAGCUUUUCACACUUAGACUUACUGCCUUAGACUAUCCUUUACAACUGAUCACUGAACAUUCAUUUCCAUGGAUCACACGCACUGCUCACCAGCGACGCCUCAAAAACAAACAGACUAAUAACGUUACCAGACCCACUGUUUACUACAAGACUAUAUACAACAAAGACAAACGAACAGACAAACUGGUCAACAGCAUUCUACUCAAAUACCACCACCUACACAUACCGAAACUCUCAAAAACAUACUGCAACUCUACUAAACUCCACACACUCCUUCUUACUAAUAAAAUGUUACACCAUAAAUUAAUCCUAUUUAAUAAUUCUACCACUUAA